AUGUCUCUUCCAUCCCACAAUCCCUACUUCAAAGUUGGCGGCAAGGAUAUCUGGUCCUUGAUCAACGAAACUGCGGCCGCUGCCGAGCAGGAGAGCGGCCGCAAGAUGGUGAAUCUCGGCCAAGGUUUCUUUUCGUACUCGCCGCCGGACUUUGCCAUCAAUGCUGCCAAGAAGGCUCUCGACGUCCCAGCCAACAACCAGUACGCGCCAGCCAGGGGCAGACCCAGUCUUGUCCAGGCUAUCAUUGACACGUACUCACCCGUCUACGGACGGCAGUUGACAAAGGACGAAGUCCUGGUCACCACCGGGGCCAACGAGGGCAUGCUUUCCUGUUUCUUCGGUUUCAUUGCUCCUGGCGACGAGGUCAUCGUCUUUGAGCCCUUCUUCGACCAGUACAUCUCCAACAUCGAGAUGCCGGGAGGAAAGGUCAAGUACGUCCAACUGCAUCCACCGGCAGAUUUUGCUACCAGGACCGUGACCGGUGACGACUGGACCAUCGACUGGAGCGAGCUGGAGGCGGCAAUCACACCAAAGACAAAGAUGAUCGUUUUGAAUUCUCCGCAUAACCCGAUCGGAAAAGUUUUCAACAAGCAGGAGCUGCUGAGGAUCGGCGAACUGGCCGUCAAGCACAACUUUUUAAUUCUGUCCGACGAGGUGUAUGAAAAUCUCUACUACGGGGACUUCACCAGAGUUGCGCUUUUGAGCCCAGAAAUCGGCAGAAGAACCUUGACGGUUGGGUCCGCAGGUAAGAGCUUCGCGGCCACUGGUUGGCGUGUUGGCUGGGUCAUUGGCGACAAGGAGACCGUGCAGUACUGCGCGCUGGCGCACACUCGUAUUUGCUUCAGCACACCGAACGUGAUGCAGGAGGCCACUGCGCAGGCAUUGCAACUGGCAAGAACCAACGGCUACUACGAGCAAACCAGAAAAGAGUAUAUCAACAAAUAUAGAAUCUUCACGGCAGUCUUUGACGAACUGGGCUUGCCGUACACUGUUGCCGACGGGGGGUACUUUUUGCUGGUGAAUCUGAAGAAGGUGGAGAUUCCAAAGGAGGUCGAGUUCCCGCAGGAGAUUGCGCACAAGCCGCGCGACUUCAAGCUUGCCUUCUGGCUGAUUAAGCAGUUUGGCGUGGUCAGCAUUCCUCCUUCCGAGUUCUAUCUGCCUCAGAAUGCACAUGUGAUUGAGGACUGUCUUCGUUUCGCUGUGUGCAAGGAUGACUUUGUCUUGGAAGAGGCAGUGCAAAGACUGCGGCUGCUCAAGCAGUAUAUUAAAUAGAUGCGUUAAUCAACAUUGACAUCCGUCCGCAGCUUCUUGGUUGUUUGCUGCCACGUCAAUCAUCUGCACCUUGUCGUUGUCCAAAGCUUGAUCUGUGUUUUCGUCUUGCAGUUCGGGCAGCAGUUUGGCGACUUUUUUAAACAGGUUCUUGACAUUAUAUCCGUUCUUGGAACUGGUCUCGAUGAAGAAGUUGCAUCCUAGCUUCUUGCACAUACUUUCUCCCUCCUCGUUGGGGAUUAUUUUGUUCUCUAGAUCACUCUUAUUUCCCACCAAAAUAAUCAGCACGUUAGAUCCGCGCUCUUGUUUGACGUAGUCAAACCAUUUGCUAACGUUCUGGAACGAUUCCUUGUUUGUGAUAUCGUAAACUAUGAUUGCCACAUUAGAGUCCCUGAUGUAGCUGGGUAUCAGCGAUCGGAACCGCUCCUGGCCCGCAGUGUCCCAAAGCUGGAGGCGAAUUGUUUUGUCGUCCAAAUACAUUGUUUUUGAAAGAAAAUCGAUCCCGAUCGUGGCCGCAUAGUGUGCAUCAAAGGUAUCGUACAUAAAUCUAGUGAUGAGCGAUGUUUUGCCCACUCCUUGGUCCCCCAAGAAAAC